CAGAACCAGUCGAUCGCAGAGGCCUCCCCACUGUCUCCCCCCUCUUUGUGUUUAUAUAUGUUUUUUAAAAUCUUUUUUGAGGGAAACUGUCAAGCCCUAUCCCAAAGAGCAGGGACCAAAGAGCAAAAAUAAUGUACGCGUUCGUGCGUUUCUUGGAGGACGAUAUGUGCUACGCGUUACCUGUGUCAGACGUGAAAGAUUUCCAGCCUGUGCACAAAAGAGAUUUUGAUGAUCAGAAGGUGUAUGUGGUGCUGAGAGGCGCAGGCCAGCCUGCCAAAGCACACAUCCUCGCCCUGGCAGAAAGCAUUGAGGAAUUUGAGCACAGUAUUAUGCAAAAGAAGAUGAAAAUACCCAAGAUGUCGAACAGGAACACAGUGGAGAAUCAUUUUGGCGAGGAGAGAAUGCCCCUUAGACAUAAAAAGGUCCAGUCACAGGAGCAUCAGCGGGCCACUUCAAACUCCUCAAAGAGCCUGGCUGCGGUUGUGGCUCGACUGGAGAGGAACGCAGUCAACUCAUGCACAGAGGGAGAGGAGCUGGACAGACUCACAACAGAGGAAGAGGAAGAGCAGGACGAGGCCGUGGUUCCUCGUGUCCUGUACGAAGAACUGGUGCACAGCUACAGGCAGCAGGAAGAGGAAAUGAGACGUCUGCAGCAGGAACUGGAGCGCACACGCAGACAGCUGCUGCAGCAGGCCAAGAAGCUGAAAGAGUACGGCAGUCUGCUGACAGAAGUCAAGGAGCUGCGCGAUUUCAAUAGACGCCUGCAGGAUGUCCUGCUCAUGAGGCUCGGCAGCGAGCCGAUGCAUGACAAUGGCACACAGACAAUCAAACCAGAGGUGGUGGAGCCCAUCAGUGAGCCACAGGAAGCAUGUCAGGAGGAAGCAAACACAAGCUCCACCCACUCACCGUCCCCGAGAACCGUCUACACCUUCAAUGAUGGAAAAGUGCACUUGGGCGGAGGGAUUUGGGUGGAUGAGGAGAAAUGGCACCAGCUACAACGGACACAGGGAGACUCCAAAUUCACCAAAAACCUGGCGGUGAUGAUCUGGGGCACUGAAACCCUGAAGAACCGCAGCGUGACUGGUGUCGCUACAAAGAAGAAGAAAGAUGCCCUGCCCAAACCACCGCUCUCACCAAGCAAGCUCAAAAUUGUCAGAGAGUGUCUGUACGACCGCGUUUCUCAAGAGACAGCCGACAGCGCAGAGAUCACCCAGCGAUUAUCCAAAGUGAACAAAUACAUCUGCGAAAAGAUCAUGGAUAUCAACAAAUCCAUCAAGAACGAGGAACGGCGAGAAUCCAAGCUCCUCAUCCAGCAGACGGUGAAGAUGGAGAACUUUCCGUACGACGGCCUGUAGGGGGUGCUGAAGUUGUCACCAUAGCUCAUUCUACUCCUCAAGGACUUCUGGUGGAGAAGGUGCACGUAAUCACCGGCGCUGCCAAUUGAGAUUCCCACUGAUGCCCUCCCAAGACCUCUCUGUCUUUUACUCUCGCAGCCCCUGUUUUACAGCCUGCCUGACAGUUUUACCUCGCUCCACGCUGCCUUUGCAUGCCGGUGUGCAUUCUGUGAGUGAAUGGGGGUGGGUUUUUGUAAGCUUUGAUUGGGAGGGGCGGGCUCGGAUGUCAUGUGUGAUAGACAGGAGCCAUCCUUUAAAUAGCGUGCGAGAAAAAUGUGUUUGGCACAUCAGCUUGUGUUCUGUGUCAGAACAUGUACUAAAGCGGUAAAGUCUUCUUGUUUCAGGGGAGUGUUUUUGGAGGUGUCAUAAAUGCUGGCUUAGAGGUGGAGUCUUUAAGGGGGAGGUAGGUCACUUCACAGGGACCAUCUGGUAAAGGUACUUAACAUAAAGAGUUGCACUUUUAAACAGGGUCACACCCUGCGUCGUCUUAAUGAACGAUUGAUUUAAUUAAUCAAUCUAGGCCUAAUUGCUCCCGUUAAUUGCUUUCCUGAGAUGACUACUGAUGGUCCGUUCUCGUUCGUGAUGGUUGUUUGGGGUGGAGAGGUCGCAUGUAGUCAGUGGUGCUAAACAGUUGUCCUGAAAGAUGAUUAAGUGAUGUUUUUUCUUUAGUUUUUAAGAAAUCAGCCACAAUUUUUUUUCUCUUAUUCUUUUAAAGGUAAAUUUGGAGUUUUCAUGAUCAUCCGUAUAUUAUUUGGGCAUCAUAAAAUAUUGAAUCACGCUUUAUUUUGAUAGUCCAUUUGUUCAAUUUAAGUUAUAUUGCAUCUACAUGCCAGCUAAUUUUUAUUAGA